AUGGAUAAGUCAUGGAUAAACAAACCACAUUUAUCUCAAGAUUACAAAUUAGGAGUGAAAAGCUUCUUGGAUUUUGCAUUUGGCAAAUCAACUGCACUGGUGAUGAAAUGUCUAUGUAACCGUUGUUCUCUGGUCAAAUCUAAGUCAAGAGAAGAUGUCGAAGAGACUGCUCAAGUGCCUUCUGAUAUUGCUCAAGUUGAAUCGGAUUCAACUGUGAAUCUCUUGGAUGAUCUUUUUCCUAAUAGUGAUACGAAUAUGCAUGGUGGUGAUGAACCUGGAUCGUUUGAGCAUACUAUGGGUACUGAUAGGCCAUCAACUUCAAGUGGAAAUUGUGGAAAAGGGGAAGAUUUUGAUGAGCUGUUUGCUGAUUUCAAUCAAGAGCUAUAUACAGGAUGCACUAAGUUCACGAAGUUGUCCUUUCUAUUGAAGCUAUACCAUAUCAAAUGCAUGUGCGGGAUUAGUGAUAAGGGGAUAUCCAUGGUGCUUGAUUUGCUGAAAGAAGCAUUUACACAUGCCAAACUGCCAGACUCCUUUAAUGGCAUGAAAAAGAAAGGGAGGAUUGCAAAGUUUGUGAAGCUUCUCGCUGGAAAGUUUCUGAAAAGAGUACAGUCUCUGGAUCAGAAAAUAUAA